UUAGUUUCUUUAUUUUUAAAAUUAUACAAUUUUAAUUUCCUUUAUCAAUUGACUAUUUUAUGAGAACUAAAUUCUAUGAUAUUUACUGAGCUUACAAAUAAACUAAUUUAAAUUAUAAAGGAAUUUAUUUAUUUUUCUGUCUUGUCCUGUAGUCCAUGUGAACACAGGUUCAUGAUUUCUGGUUCUAGUUGUAUAUAUUAAACCAGGGGAAGCCAAGGUUGUGGUUUAUUUUUGCAGGUAUUUAAAAAUCCGAUACCCAAUAGAAGUGAUUGAACGAUUAGUGAUCGUGACGAUGGGGAUAGAUAGAGAGAUACAACGGUGAUAGCUAAGCUAAGCUAAGCUAGCAGAGGAUAUGCUUAAUAGGUUAAGCACGCGUUGCUUUUGCACCAUUGCUCCACGCCCUUGGCUUUUUGUGGGGUUGGGCAACCCUGGCGACAAGUACAAAGGAACCAGGCACAAUGUUGGCUUUGACAUGAUUGAUGCAUUUGCUGAGUCGCAGGGGAUUCCUAUGGACACUGUCCAUUCCAAAGCCAUUUUUGGUAAAGGUUUUGUUGGCGAAGUUCCUGUUUUCCUUGCAAAGCCUCAAACUUACAUGAAUCUGAGUGGGGAAUCGACAGGACCGCUGGCUGCUUAUUACAAGCUACCUCUUACUCAGGUGCUUGUGUUCCAUGAUGACAUGAACUUGCCAUGUGGGGUGCUUCGUCUUCACGACAAAGGGGGUCAUGGUAGCCACAAAGGGCUAAAGAGUGUGAUCUAUCACUUCAGAGGAAAUAGAGAAUUUCCUAGGCUGAGAAUUGGGAUUGGGAGUCCUCCUGGGCAAAUGGAUCCUAAAGCAUUUUUGCUUCAAAAGUUUAAUGUAACUGCUAGACAACGAAUUGAUGAGGCUUUGCAAGAGGGGGUUGAUGUCUUGAAGUUCCUUCUAACUAAAGGUUUGGUUGAGAGUGCAAAAAGAUUCAACAAAGAACAAAAGUAUAAGCACUUGAGAGUGCAGAAUUUACCAGUUUGAUAGGAUUCUAUGAUGGCAAGUUGCAUUAUAGAUAUGAUUAGUUCAUCGCUUUUUAGGUUGCAAUUUAUUGUCUGAGCAUGUUAUGCAUGUGUAAACUUAGCUAUAGGAAAUUGGCUGAAUUUUGUAAACGUUCCAUAUAUAUACACAGCUUUUAAAAUGAUUUUUGGCCAACUUUUUUCAA